AUGCUUCUCGCGUUUUUCACCGUUUCCGGUCUUGACCUACUCGGCGCCCUGCAAAGCAAAACAACCCGCGAGGAAAGACAAGGGUAUAUAGAUUGGAUAUACCAUUGUCAAGUCCCCUCAGGCGGCUUUCGAGGGUUCACGGGGACAGAUUUCGGGGCGGGAAAGCGGGCACUGAUAAAUGAAGCUUGGGAUCCAGCGAAUGUGCCGUCAACAUUCUUUGCGUUGGUUAUCCUUCUCAUCCUAGGCGAUGACCUAUCAAGAGUGAAGCGGACUGAGUGUCUGAAAUGGCUUCCUAAAAUGCAGCGCCCGAAUGGGAGCUUUGGCGAAGUCCUCGGCCCUGGAGAUCAAGUUGAGGGUGGUGGUGACUUACGCUUCUGCUGCUUUGCUGCCGGUACGCGGUAUAUUUUGAGAGGACGGAGAGGCACCGGUCUCGAUGAUGUUGAAGAUAUAAAUGUGGGGGAUCUGGUGGCUUUCAUUGAGUCCUGCCAAGCCUACGAUGGUGGAAUGGCAGAAGGUCCAUACUGCGAAGCACACUCCGGCCAUACAUACUGCGCUGUUAAUACCUUGACAUUUUUAAACCGUCUAUCCGAUGGCUCGGAACGGGUUCCACUUGUCUCGCCUGGUUCUCAUCAGUUCGAAUGUCUUGUCCGCUGGCUAGUCUACAGGCAAACGCAUGAGUUGGGAGAUGGAGAAGAGGAAGAUGAUGGGGGAAACGCGGAUGGUCAAGCAGAUGAUGUGCAAAGCCUAUCGAGGGCUGUAGACGAGCUCUUCUUGAGCAAGAGCAUUAGCGCCCUUUCCAACAUAUCGCCACUCACUGAAGAAUCUCUGCAAUGGGCUGGCUUCAAUGGACGGAGUAACAAAUAUGCGGAUACAUGUUAUUCAUUCUGGAAUACAGCAACGUUGGAUGUAAGAGCUCCAGAUGACCUACAACGGGCUUCGGCUAAUACGCAGUCUCAGAUGCUGGACAGACUGACACUGGUCGACCCAGCGCGAAACAGGCGAUACUUGCUGCAAAAGACGCAGCAUUUCGUCGGGGGAUUCGGAAAAAGCGUUGGAGAACUGCCAGGUAAAUUGAGAACCCACCCUUCUAUGUCUUCCUGGUUUCUCACUGUGAACAGGGGUUGGACAGUGUCGACCCUGCACUUUGUGCUACACACCGGACACUCCGGCAUUUGCACACUCUGCCAUGGUGGCAAGAGACUGAGUGAUGAGCUUGAGCCGCCAUAUGAAAGAGUAUUAAAUUUGAAUAUACCCCCGAUUUUCUUACCACAUAAUGAAAUCCCAAACGGCAUUCGCAGUGCUCGGGUGAGGCAAUCGGUCGAAACUACGGAGCCAACAUUAUGUUCUUUAGCCACGCCAAGGACCAUGUUGAAGCAACCUGACGAAAUUCUAUGCAGCCCAGAGAUGGAAUAUGCCAUCAACGCCGUUGCUAAAUUUGAAGCACUUGCGCACGUCUUCGGUUCAGGGGUUGAAUCCACCACGGGAAAGACGAGUCAAUGUCACUCGAGGACAGGGCACAAUGACAGCAAUGGGCCAUCAUCCAUGACCCACGUUUUCCACCAAUCUUAA